AUGGCGGACUCCCAGGUGGAGGCGAUGAAGAAGGCGUACGCCGGGAUCAUGCUCAACAUGGCGCAGGAGUCGGCGGCGCGGGUUCUGGCGGCGGAGCGGCGAGCGGCGGCGCUCGCGGCCGGGCUCGAGGCCGCAAAGGAGAACGGCGUCGCCGCGCUCCUGCGGCUCAAGGCCAUCAUGGAAGCCAGGAUAAAAGAGAAAGAACUGGAAGCUUCGGUGCAUGUUAAGAAGAUCAAGGAACUGGAAGAGCAAUUGCAUGGUUCACAAAAUGCUUUGGCCUCGCUUAAGGUUGAGCUACAGAGGGCAAAUACUGAAUUAGAUCUGACAAGGAAAACUUUAGCUGAUGAAAGAAUAAAUAGCCUUCCCAUAUCCAAUAACGCUUAUUCUAAUAAAAACACCAGCCCUCGUUCUAAGAUGCAUCAACAAGGAGUAUCUUUGAAGAAUAAAAAGGCUGCAGACAACAGUGAUGACACUUGCCUUGUUCCGAUAACCGAGAAGGAGAAUGAAGCAGUGGAAAACUUGGAGGACAUGGAUCGUCGCAGCCCUGAUCUGCCAUCAUUGAUGGAAAGAAAUAAGAAACCAAAGUUCUAUCAUAAUGGGUGUACACAGCGUAUUCAUGCACUUAAACAGCAGACUCAAAGUACAGAUGCAUUCCUGAAGCAAAAUCAGAAGCAGGCCACUGCAUUAAAUAGCCGCUCAAAAGCCAGAAAGAACAAUGCUGCUAAAAACCCAUGCCACACAAGGUCCAUCAUGGAACAGAUACUUCAAACGAAAUUUCUGGGUAAGUUCAAGCGCGAGAGGGGCAGAAGAAGCAGGCCUAGUUAUAAGCAUGAUAAUUCCAGUGAGCACGGGGAAGCGGAAUAUAAGUUCUCUGAUAGAUCUGAAUCUGAUGGAAAUGGCUGCUUGCUUCUACUUCAGGCACUUGAAGAGGAUCUUUCACCUCCAAAGAUGUCUGCUGAACAUGAUGGGGAGGCCUUUACUGACCUGAAGGAAGACUUGAAAAUGAAUAGGAGGGAUGCUGAGUUAAGCCGCUGUACUGCUUUCCCGGAACUGAUUGAUGUACUUGCAGUCAACAGCGUGCAAAUGAAAAGAAGAAAAAGAACAAAGACUGUCAGGGUUUUGGAAGAUGAUUUUUCUGAAACCAAAAGUGUUCCUGAGCCAGCUAACACCCAGCUUAGGACCAGUGAGAAAAGGAUGUCUGGUAAUCAAUUGGUCUCUGAGAUGACUGAGAAUCGCUCUGAUACCCCCACCAGAAACAGCGGCCCUUUCUUGAAAUGUGCUACUGGAAACUUGAUGCAUCAGACUGAUGCUGGUAAUGGUCAAUUUGAUCCUGAAAUCACCUCUUCAGUGUUCCUUCAGUCGACCAAAAGUGAAACUACAGAUUAUGGUAACUUGGUGGUGGACCAGCAGGAGCUGAUAACACCAAACAAUAAUACUGCAAGCUUGAAAGAAGUUAAUGAGGAUGUAAGGUGCAGUUUGGCUUCACGUAAGGCUGAUUCUCCGACUCUUAGCUCCGUAGAUAAAGAAAAUUUGAAGGCGUCUUCUGGACUUCCCGUGCAAGCUUUAGAGAAACAUGAUAUUUCAGUUGGCAGCUCACUGAACAAAAAAGAACAUACAAAGGCAUCUUCUGGAGCUUCCAUGCAAGCUGAAGGUGCCAGACAUAUCAAAUACACAUUCAAUCGCAGAAAGCGCAAGGGUAUGCCUAUUGACAGCACCCCUCAGCGUGCUGUCCCUGAGGAGAGCAGUGACCUGUGUAGUCCAACUAACAAGCAAAAGCUUCAUCCAGAUCAUGUGGAACAGGAUCAUUUGAUAGAUUCUCCACAAGGUGACAGUCAACUAGUUCAGGUUGCCGAACAGGUUUCCGCCGGGGGUCAUGGUGGUGGGUACGACGGCGGCCAGGAGGCCGUGGACUUUCGGGGCAACCCGGUGGACAAGUCGAGGACCGGAGGCUGGGUGGGCGCCGGGCUGAUCCUGGGCACGGAGCUGGCGGAGCGCGUGUGCGUGAUGGGCAUCUCCAUGAACCUGGUGACGUACCUGGUGGGCGAGCUGCACCUGUCCAACUCCAAGUCCGCCAACGUGGUGACCAACUUCAUGGGCACGCUCAACCUGCUCGCCCUCGUCGGCGGCUUCCUCGCCGACGCCAAGCUCGGCCGCUACCUCACCAUCGCCAUCUGCGCCACCAUCGCCGCCACCGGCGUGAGCCUGCUGACGGUGGACACGACUUUGCCGAGCAUGCGCCCGCCGGCGUGCGCGAACGCCCGCGGCCCGCGGGCGCACCACGAGUGCGUGCCCGCGCGCGGCGGGCAGCUGGCGCUGCUGUACGCGGCGCUGUACACGAUCGCGGCGGGCGCCGGCGGUCUCAAGGCGAACGUGUCCGGGUUCGGGUCGGACCAGUUCGACGCGCGUGACCCGCGGGAGGAGCGCGCCAUGGUGUUCUUCUUCAACCGCUUCUACUUCUGCAUCAGCCUGGGCUCCCUGUUCGCAGUCACCGUGCUGGUGUACGUGCAGGACAACGUGGGCCGGGGGUGGGGGUACGGCGUCUCCGCCGUCGCCAUGCUGCUCGGCGUCGCGGUGUUCGUGGCGGGGACGCCCAGGUACCGGUACCGCCGCCCGCAGGGCAGCCCGCUCACGGUCAUCGGGCGGGUGCUCGCCACGGCGUGGAGGAAGCGGCGGUUGCCGCUCCCCGCCGACGCCGCCGAGCUCCACGGGUUCGCCGCCGCCAAGGUCGCCCACACGGACAGGCUCAGGUGCCUUGACAAGGCGGCGAUCGUGGAGGCGGACCUGUCCGUGCCGGCGGGGAAGCAGCAGCAGGCGAGCGCGGCGGCGGCGGCGUCGACGGUGACGGAGGUGGAGGAGGUGAAGAUGGUGGUGAAGCUGCUGCCCAUCUGGUCCACGUGCAUCCUCUUCUGGACGGUCUACUCCCAGAUGACCACCUUCUCGGUGGAGCAGGCCACGCGCAUGGACCGCCGCCUCCGCCCGGGCUCCGGCGCCAGCUCCGGCGGCUUCGCCGUCCCGGCGGGCUCCCUCUCCGUGUUCCUCUUCAUCUCCAUCCUGCUCUUCACCUCGCUCAACGAGCGCCUCCUCGUGCCGCUCGCCGCGCGCCUCACGGGCCGCCCGCAGGGGCUCACCUCGCUGCAGCGGGUCGGGACGGGGCUCGCGCUCUCCGUCGCCGCCAUGGCCGUCUCGGCGCUCGUCGAGAAGAAGCGCCGCGACGCGUCCAACGGACCCGGGCACGCCGCCAUCAGCGCCUUCUGGCUCGUCCCGCAGUUCUUCCUCGUCGGGGCCGGCGAGGCGUUCGCGUACGUGGGCCAGCUCGAGUUCUUCAUCCGCGAGGCGCCCGAGCGGAUGAAGUCCAUGAGCACGGGCCUGUUCCUCGUCACGCUCUCCAUGGGCUUCUUCCUCAGCAGCUUCCUCGUCUUCGCCGUCGACGCCGCCACCAGCGGCGCGUGGAUCCGGAACAACCUCGACCGCGGCAGGCUCGACCUCUUCUACUGGAUGCUCGCCGUGCUCGGGGUCGCCAACUUCGCCGUCUUCAUCGUCUUCGCCAGGCACCACCAGUACAAGGCUAGCAACUUGCCGGCGGCAGUGGCGCCCGACGACACCGCGCAGAAGGAGAUGGACGACUUCGUCGCCGUGACGGAGGCCGUCGAAGGAAUGGACGUGUAG